AUGCAAUUAGGUGAAUUACAGUCACAGAUUAAACACCAUCAGGAUGGAAAAAAGGACAGCUUUUUGGCAUAUCACGAUGCUCUUAUAGCCUUCCUGUUGCACUAUGAAUACAAUACAUACACAGGAAAUAGCUUACGUGAUUGCUUACAAGAAAAUAAUUCUCAGACUUUAACUGCCGAAAUGCUGGUUCAAACAAGCUGUGUUUUCAACCUAGACUGGUCAUACAAAUGUAAUAUCAACAACAUGUUUGGUUUCGAUAACGCAUCUCCUUGUUUCGUUAUUAAACUGAAUCGUAUCUAUGGCUGGCUACCACCAAUACUUUCAGAAGAGAAAGGUGUUAAAAUCUGUUGCAAAGGAGCUAACCCGAAUGAUGACAUACUCUUUGGCACAAUGUGUUUAUAUGAUGCUUAUGUACAUACAGAUGAAGGAUGUGAACGGCAGUGUGCCUUUAUUCCUCAUCAGUACUUUCCAUACUUGAACCAAGAAUCGUAUAGGUCACCGCUUAUUUUUCUUCAAUUAGUCAAUCCAAAAAGAAAUGUGUUAAUGCAGAUACGUUGUGAAACAGUAAAUUUACCUGAAACAAUGAGUGUACAAUUCGCAUUACUAAUCGAUUAG